AUGAGGCACAGUGCCGGUGGACUGAAAACUCCCGCCAUUUCGACAGGGAAUUAACCUCCUCUUAGCUGAUUCGGGUUACUCUCUCGCAACGCUUUGCUCACGCUGUUAUCUGACGCCGAGAAGCUUCAGCAGUGCGAGUAUGCAGGCCUGAUUUGCGAAUAUUUGGUUGGGACCGUACAACGCGCCAGACCUGCCGCUGACUGGGCUCUUACUGUGGCCGCGAGUUUCAUUUUGGUGUGGUUCGCAUCCCUUUCGCGUCCAUCCGAAGGAGCUUAAGUUCAACAACUGUUCACGGGGACACGUCUGCUAUCGUCAGUUAACGUCAGUCUGACACCACUUCCAGAAGAACGGAGGAUGGUGCCAUGAGGCCGACGGCGAGAAGCGGCGCAGUGUUAUUGUUUUGCAACGAGAUAAUCCAGCCUGCUAGCUAAGUCAGCUAGCUGCUACACGCCGAGAGCCGGGCCUGCCGGCGGUAACGUGAGACGCGCUAUCUUUCGGCUCUGACAUUUUGAGUAUUUGGAUACAUGCAAAGGACACACUAUUGUAUGUUAUUGUGCUAGUUUGUUGCUAGAAUAUCCAUUUUUGCCUUCGGCACUCGUGCCGUCUCUGGAUUUGAAAUGGCACCGCUUUUGGGCCGGAAACCGUACCCGCUGGCUAAGCCACUAGCCGAGCCACCAGGCCCGGGAGAGGAGGUCUACAUCAUUGAGCACACCAAGGAGGCCUUCAGGAACAAAGAAGAGUAUGAGGCCCGCUUGCAGAGGUAUAAUGAACGGAUCUGGACAUGUAAGAGCACUGGAAGCAACCAGCUCACACACAAAGAGGCAUGGGAGGAGGAACAAGAAGUCACCGAACUGCUUCAAGAAGAGUAUCCCACGUGGUUUGAGAAACCAGUCCUCCAGAUGGUCCACCACAACACAGUAUCUUUAGACAAACUGGUUGAGAUGGCCUGGGUGGAAAUCCUCACCAAAUAUGCUGUGGGUGAAGAGUGUGACUUCCUGGUGGGGAAGGACAAAACUUUGCGAGUGAAGGUGGUAAAGAUCCACCCCUUAGAAAGCCCAGAGGGUGAGCCGGGGGAAAAGAAACUUGAAGGCGCUUGUGACUCUCCAUCCAGCGACAAGGAGAACACAAGCCAGGAAAACCAGAAGAAGGAGCCUCCUCCCCGAGAGGAGAGCAGGAGGGAGAGUUUGAGUGAUAGAGCACGACGUUCCCCAAGGAAACUACCCACUGCCAUGAAAGAAGAGAGGAAGAAAUGGGCAAUGCCUAAAUUUCUUCCUCAUAAGUACGAUGUAAAGCUCAUCAAUGAGGACAAGGUGAUCUGUGAUGUCCCAGCAGACAGUCUUUAUAGAACAGAACGCCCUCCAACCAAGGAGAUCAUGCGCUACUUCAUCAGACACUAUGCUCUGAGGCUGGGCAUGGGAGAAAGCGCUCCCUGGGUGGUUGAAGAUGAGCUGGUGAAAAAAUUUAACCUUCCCAGCAAAUUUAACGACUUUCUUCUCGAUCCACACAAAUUUUUGGCAGAGAAUCCCUCCACGAAGCGUAAGAGCUUGUCAUCUCCAGAGGGUAAACCUAGCAAGAAGCUUAAGACUGCUGACACUCCAGGAGAGGAUUCGGGUAAUGAGAAGGGAGAGAAGAAAAAGAAGAAAGAUGCUUUAGGCAUGCCCCUUAGUCCCACUAUCUGGGGCCACAUGCAGAAAAUAAAAAUGAAUGGUUCUCCGCUCAAGGUAAAAAACUCAGGAACUCCUAAGAAAGACGGUAAAGGCUCAGCUCCCUCCACUCCGAAGCCUGGCAAAAAGUCGGGAGAGAAAAAAGAAGGAAAGAAAAAUGGAAAGACUGGUGAGAAGAAGCUCAGUGUUCUCAAAGCCUCCAAAAAGGAUGGUAAAGCUGGUGCUAAGGCGCCAAAGAUGAAGCAGAUGACUCUGCUGCAUCUGGCUAAGAGCAGCCCUGCAGGGAGCCCUAAGAAGAGAGCCCGUAGUUCUGGCAUGGGUACGCCGAAACUUGGGAAGCCACUGCACCCUAUGGCUCUCCACCUCCUUCGUUACUACAAGGAGAACAAGGGAAAAGAGGAUAAGAAGAACUCCCUCUCCUCCCUUAUCUCAAAAGCUGCCAAGACAUUGUCCCCAGAUGAUCGUGGCCGUCUGCCAGAGGAGCUGAGGGAGCUAGUACAGAAACGCUGGGAGCUUCUGGAGCAGAAGAAGCGAUGGGCAGCCAUGAGUGAAGAGGAAAGGAAAGAGGAGAUGAAGAAGAGGCGUGAAGAACUCAAAGAGAAGCUAAGAGAAAAGGCCAAGGAGAGACGAGAGAAGGAGAUGCUGGGCCGCCGUGAACAGUCGCGUAGAUAUGAGGAUCAAGAAAUUGAAGGCGGCAAACCUCUGCCGGCAUUCAAGCUUGUGGACAUGCCUGAGGGGUUGCCCAAUACAUUGUUUGGGAAUGUGGCCAUGGUCGUGGACUUCCUUCACUGCUACGCAGGAUUGCUGAUGCCAAAUGACCAGUAUCCCAUCACAGCAGUGGCUCUGAUGGAAGCACUGGCCGGGGAACGGUCUGGCUUCCUCUACCUAAACCGCGUGCUGGUAGUGCUGCUCCAGACGUUACUGCAGGAUGAGCUGGCUGAAGGUUACAGUGAGCUCGACAUGCCCUUAUCUGAAAUUCCUCUUACUAUGCACGCUGCAUCAGAGUUGGCACGGUUGUGCCUGCGACCAUGUGAUGCUCACGGUGAGGAAAGCGGCCAGGGCUCAGAAGACUCUGGGGCCAUGGGUGGCUUUGACGAUGUGGUGACCAGUGAGUUCCUGGAGAAGCUUGAAACAACCGAGGUGUUUGAGCUGAGCCCCGAGGAGAAGGUCAACCUGUUAGUGGCACUGUGCCACCGCAUCCUCAUGACAUACUCUGUGGAAGACCAUGUUGAUGCAAUGCAGCAGCGGUCAGCCGAGCUGUGGAAGGAGCGGUUGGCAAUGCUUAAAGAAGCCAAUGACCGCAAGAGAGCUGAGAAGAAGCGGCGGAAGGAGAUGGAGAGCAAAGGUGAUAAGAAAAAAGAGGCUUCUUCUAAGAAGGAGGUCAAGAAAGAAGUAAAGGUUGAGCCGGAGCCAGAGGACAUGAUCAGCUCAGUGAAGAGCCGGCGACUGAUGGCCAUGCAGGCCAAGAAGGAGAAGGAGGAGCUGGACAGACAGAAUAAAGAGCGCAUGGAGAAGGAGGCUGAAGAGGAGCGGAUGCGUAAACAGAGGGCGGCUGCAGAGAGGGCCUUUCAGGAUGGAAUAACCAAAGCAAAACAAGUGAUGCGCAGAACUCCUCUGGGUACCGACAGAAACCACAACAGGUACUGGCUUUUCUCUGACGUGGUUCCUGGUCUGUACAUCGAGAAAGGCUGGGUGCAUGAAAGCAUUGACUACAGCUUUACCCCUCCGCCAGAGGACAAACCAGCUGAGCCCGAGGCCGAGGAGGAGGAUGGCGGCGAGGCAGUCUCUGCUCCUGAUUCACAAGGUAUACUAGCUAAAAGAACUGAAAAGGAUGAUGGGAGUGUAGAUGGUGCUGUUUGUGAAGGAGCCCAGCAGGGGGCAGCACCAGAUGUUUGUAUAGAAACUACUGUUCCCAAACAGGGACAGAAUCUUUGGUUCAUAUGUGAUAAUCCAGCUGAGCUGGAGCAACUGGUGGAGGCUCUUCAUCCUCAGGGAGUCAGAGAGAGUGAACUAAAGACAAAUGUACAAAGCAGAUAUCAGGAAAUCGUCCACUCCAUCCAUUUGACCCGAAAAGCAAGACUGGGCCUCAGGACCUGUGAUGGCUACACAGAGCUGCUCAAAUAUCUGCGAAGUGACAUUCAGGAAAUAGCCUCGCGCCUCCACAAGGGAGGCCUAGGUUACCUGGAUGACAACGUGGACAUUGAAGAUAAGCUGAAAGACACGGAGAGCUUGAAAGACUUUGGUGAGUGCAUCAUCACUAUUCAGGCCUGUGUAAUCAAGAAGUUCCUGCAGGGGUUCAUGGCCCCUAAGCAGAAGAAGAAGAAGAAGCAAGGAGGAGAGGAAAGCAGCAAAGCUGAAGAGGUGGAUGAGGAGAAGAGGCUGGCAGAAGAGGCCAGGGUAGCAACAGCGGUUGAGAAGUGGAAGACCGCUAUCAGAGAUGCCCAGACCUUUUCCCGCAUGCAUGUGCUGCUGGGAAUGUUGGACGCUUGCAUAAAAUGGGACAUGUCUGCUGAGAAUGCUCGCUGCAAAGUCUGUCGCAGGAAAGUGCUCAGGGAGAACCCAUCUGUGCUGAGAUUGGAGGAGUCUAGACCCAGAUCGUGGCAGGUCAACAACUGCAGGUUCACAGCACAUCAGACUAGUAAUGUCAGGCAGGUCUACAUACUGAGCCGACCGCUCCGCAGGUCAACAGGUGAUGAUGAGAAGCUUAUCCUUUGUGAUGAGUGCAACAAGGCCUUCCACUUGUUCUGCCUUCGACCGGCCCUUUACCGGGUCCCCAAUGGAGAGUGGCUGUGCCCAGCCUGCCAGCCCACUGUGGCCAGACGUGGCUCCCGCGUGAGGAACUACAAGCAAGACUCAGACGAGGAAGACGAUGAGGAGGACUCUGAAGAGGAGGACUCUGAAGAAGAGGAAGAGGACGAAGAAGAGAAUGACUACAAAGCCAUGGGACACAGCUUGAGACCAAGGAAGAAAAAUAAGCAGUCUGCGUCGCGGCAGAAAAGCUCAAAAAGUAAAUCCAAGAAGUCGACCUCUUCUAGCAAUCAGAGCAGCAAGCAGAGAACAGGCCCCAGCAGCCCUGCAGACAUCGAUGAACUGGUGCGACAGAGCUCCCAGACAGGAGUGCGCAGGCAGGCGCUGGAGCUGGAGAGGUGUGAAGAAAUCCUCAAGAAGCUGAUGAAAUUUCGCUACAGCUGGCCUUUCAGGGAGCCUGUUUCCCCAGAGGAGGCAGAGGACUACCUGGAUAUUAUCUCUCAGCCCAUGGAUUUCCAGACGAUGCUAGGGAAGUUCAGCCAGGGCUCGUACCGCCACGCCCAGGAUUUCCUGGAAGAUGUGAAACUGGUCUUCUCCAAUGCUGAGGAGUACAACCAGCAGGGCAGCACCGUGCUCUCCUGUAUGGUCAAGACGGAGCAGACUUUCACUGAGCUGCUCCAGAAGCUGCUUCCUAGCCUCAGCUACAUCCGGCGACGUUCACGCAAGCGUGUCAGCCAAGCUCCUGCAACAUCUGAGGAGGAAGAGGAGGAGGAAGAAGAUGAUGAUGAUGAUGAUGAGGAGGAAGAAGAAGAAGAGGAGCCCAAGAAGAAGAUGACGAAUGGAAAAUCACAUACAAAGAAAACCAGAAAUGGCCAGAGACAGAAGGAUGACAGCGAAAGCGAGGAGGAGGAGGAUGACGAGGAUGAUGAUGAGGAGGAGGAUGAUGAUGAAGAAGAGGGGGGAGAGGAGGAGGAGGAGGAUGAUGAUGAUGAUUAUAAUGAUGAUGGCAGGAGGAGAAGUAAGAGGACCUCUGCCACCUCAGGCAGGAAGGAUUACAGGGAGCAGGAUAGCGACGGCGAGCGAGAAACACGGAGAACUCGUAAGCGUGGGGGCCGGGGUGACAGCGGGGCGGUGAGCAGCGACGAGGACCGCUCCAGCCAGCAACGACAUUCCAAGAGACAGAAACGCUCGUGAAAUCCAGGGUGCUGUUCUGCUGUUUUGGGGGUUUUUUUGUCUCUUUGCUUUAAAAAUUUCUGUCCCGCUCCUCUGAAGAGUGACCACGAGCUUUUCAUCUCCUCCUCCCCCCACAGCCAGCGGGACCUAAUCCUCAGAAGGACUUUUUUUUUUUUUUUUGUGUUAAUAAGUCUAUGCUCAUAUUUUGGAAAAACAAGAGAAGAAAACUGAUUUAUAUUUGUAACAUGUUUAAUAUUGGUGUUUUUUUUUGUUUGUUUUUUUUUUCCCACAACCAAGAAAAAUGAGACAUUUGUGAUAAUCGAGAAAUCCUCAUAGCUCUUCAGACUCUUCGAUUUAAAGUCGACAACCUCACACAAGUGUAAUUUGACUUAAAUAUUGCUUUUUAUCCUCUCCAAACAUGAGUGAAGUGUAAUCCGAGGUCUUGUCUUCACUCUUCGCACUUAAUCGAGACGUGACUUUACUGGUGUGCUUCAGGAUGAGUCCAACUGGCUCUUUGUCCCACCAAACAUCUGUGACGAGUCACUGACUGUAACAGGUUGUGUUGAUGUGUCUGAAACCCUCUAGAAGUUUGCUGGUUGCUGUCACUUGUAAAUUGCUCUUACUAUGAAACAUCUCUCUACCACCUUUGGUUAAUUCCAAGUUAAUAGAUAAACACAAUAGGAUUUUACUAGAUGUAGUAUAUCUAUAUAUAUAUAUAUUUUUUUUUUUUUUUUUUUUCCCCCUCCCAGCCCAGGUUUAAAUUUAUUGGGUUGAGACUGCAGAUCACGAGCCCUUUUCAGACGCAAGAUGCUGGCUUCCUUAAUCUUAGUGACAACACUCUGUCAUUAAGACACAAGUCACUUUUCAGGCUUCAGAGCCACAGGACAUAUGUAAUAUGUGCAGAACAUUUGUGGCUCACGUGGUAACCACAGACAGUUUAAAACGAUGCAUGUAGCUACCAUGAUGUCACCCACUGGUUUGCGUAAUCCCGUUAGGAAACCUCAAGAUGAACGUUUUCAUCAUCUUAGUUGUGGCGAGCAAGGGGUGGAUCUCACUGUGAAACCACAUGCUCACUGGCUAAUGGUUUGUCAAUCACAAGACAGGAGAAAGAUCUGGGUGCUAAGAAGCCAUCAGGUUGAAGGUAAGGAGCUCGUGUCUGAAAGGGGCUUUUUCUGACCCGUCACUUUAGUGGUAAAACGAAGCAGGUUUCAUCCCAGCUUUUGGUGCCAAGGUGUUAUCAGGGACGGCCUCUCUCUCUCUGCGCUUGUAGAACUGUCUGACCUUUUCCUCCUCUUUAGUGCCCUGCCACUUUAAAGGAACCGGUACCUCAAAUGAUCCGUCAGUUUGCACUCCUCCUGUGUAAAGUACACUUAAUAUGCCAGCAGCUGCAGGACCAUACUAUAUUGAAAUAAUGUGCAUAAACAUUUGUAAACCGUGUUUAAAACAGCAGAUGUGAUGUUUGUUUAAAAAAAAAAAAAAAGGGGGCAUUUUUUUUUUAAACUUUGAUAUUUUUUGCACUUUUUAUUUGGUAUUGUAAAUAAUAAAUAGUUGGUUACACCCAGGAAAUUGCAAGGUUUAAACAGGGCUCUCAGAGCAUGUCAUGAGUUUUUACUUAUCGUAUAAUCACAGCAAAAAUGAUCCGUUUGACAUUUUUUUUAACACACAGUGAGCCCAGUGGCUCAGCUACAUUGAAUUAGUAACUCAGACUUGGGUUAAAGCAGCUCUUCUAAGGAAAUCAAAGGUUUUCCAGCACAUUUCCUGGUGUAGUCACCAGGUGGCGCUCUAUACCUGCACUUUUAUUACUCUUGCCAGCAUUUUCCAAGUACUUCAGUCAGUGGUGCUAGCUGAACUGUUGUACCACCUGCCUCACUGCAGGGGCGCUUCAUAGUGCUGGUAUAUUUUAGCUCUUAGUGUGCAGAAAACCAUGUGUAGCUCUUUGGUUGCCUGCCAGCAAUGUGUAUAUAUAUUACCUGUAUACUGAUGUGGCAGUGGCUGGUUUGCCCUCUUCUGUCUGUACUGUGCUGUGCUGUUUGCCUGUGUUUUACUAGUGCUGUUAUCAUCAAGACUUUCCUGAUUUUUUUCACCCACUGAUUGUUUUGAUCCCCUGUAUUACUUUUCUUUAAAUUCAGCUUUCUUCCUGACACGAUUAUCAGCUGUUUAAAAUGUUUGUAAAAAUUGACAUUUCAACGAACGAGCAAACUGCCCUUCUCAAAAUGAGAUCUGACUGUAAAUGCUUUCUUUAUACUUGGAGCAACUGCUAAAUCCUUUUACACUUCCUUUUUUAUAUAUAUAUUUAUAGUCUCAAAAGCUGUGUUUGGGCAAGUUCUGAGGAUUCACUUGUAAAGAAUUUCCAAUAAAGGCUAUGGAUGAAGA